AUGGCAGCGAUAAACGCCGACGACAGGACGACGACGCGCCGGCCGGUAUCGCCGAAUGCCCCGCGGGAUCUCCAGGAGACGUGCUUCCUGACCGAUCACGACGUUCGCGAGAUACUGGAGCGGAAAUUCCGCGACGGUGAGUUCCGAGUGAUCGACUGGCGACUGGAGCCGCUCGACUUGACGAUGGGCUUCCUCGGCCGAUACUAUCAUCUGCGGGUCACGGUGAGGCGGGUGGGUCACGACCGGACGGAGGAUCUGCGAUUCUUCGCGAAGAGCCCGCCGGCGGCGGACAAUCCGGUGAUGAUGUACGUGCGCAGGAACGACGCGUUCAACAAGGAGAUCGCCGUCUACAUAGAUCUGAUACGGCGGAUGGACCCGGUCGGCCGGCUUCAGUGGACGGUCGAGUGUUACCUCGGCAAACGGGACGUCAUCAUCGUCCUGGAGGACGCGUCGAGCAACGGCUACGUCACGAUGGACAAGUACGUGCCGUUCGACGAGGAGCACUUCGUGUGGCUACUGAGGAGCCUCGCCAGGCUCCACUCGAGGUCGGUGAUCCUCGACGAGAGGCUCCGCCGGGAAACCGGCCGGACCGUCAUCGAUGUUUACGGACGGUUGCUGGCCGAGCCGUUCUUCGCCAGGAGGGACGACAGGGUGAAGGCCACCCUCACCUCCUGCGUACUGGGGAUGUACGCCGUCAUCGAGCUGAUGCGCGAGCUCGACGAGCACGGGAAGACGAUCGUCAGGCGGCAGAUCGACCGGUGGAUCCGACGGUUACCGCGAUUACUGGAGCCGUCGAGGAAACGGCGGAACGUCGUCUGCCAUCGCGACACCUGGGCGAACAAUCUCAUGUUCCGAUACGACGCCGCCGGCAAGCCUUGCGGCUGCUAUCUCAUCGACUUCCAGUUCUUCUGCUACUGCCCGCCGGCGAUCGACUUCGUCUUUUGCCUCUAUAUGACCACCGAUCGCGCCACCAGGGACCGUAAUUUCGACGCCUUCGCCAGGAUCUAUCACGACUCGUUCGCCGGGAAUCUGGCGGAGGAGGGCCUCGAUGCGGAGGAGUGCCUACCUUGGGCGGAGUUCCGGGAGAGUUGCGAGGAGACGCGGAACAUUGGGUUAAUUUACGCCUGCACCAAUCUGCAAAUAAUACUGUUGUCCGACGAAGCGAUCAACGAUUACUUCCACGACACGGCCGACAAGCUCACCGAUGUGCUGAUCGGAAGCGGGCGAGCGGACAUGGUGCGCCGACAAUGUCUAAACGUGCCCGUGUACAGAGCGCGUCUCACGGAGAUCGUACUCGAGAUCAAGGAUCGCCUGCCCGAACAUCCGCCGAAUUUGUAG